GGAUCAACAGAUCUGAUUGAUCUUAUUGUUAGAUUUCAGGAAUUCUAUGCGCUAGGUUUGUCGGCAAUGUUGGGCGGUUUAUUUCCCAUAUAUCCCGUAUCGACAGCGUUGGGUCGCACGAUGGUUAACGUUGAAAGUGGAUCGAAAACACAGCUAUCAGCUUUAUUUAGUUGUCUUUUACUACUGAUAAUAAUUUUGUGGCUAGGACCUUUAUUGCAGACAUUACCUAUGUGUAUUUUAGCAGUGAUUAUUAUCAUGGCACUUCGUGCGAUGUUUCGAAAACUCGCCGAUUUGAAGCGUCUCUGGGGUGCUUCUAAAAUUGAUUGUUUGAUCUGGCUUGUGGCAUUUGUUUCAACAGUAGCGAUUGACGUUAUGCUGGGCCUUGCGAUAUCAAUCAUUUUCGCUUUAUUGACGAUCAUCUUUCGAUCACAAUGGCCUAGAUCCGAAACGCUUGCUCCAACAGGGGGCGGAGAAGAUUUUGAGAACUUGCAAAAAUAUAAAGCUCUCUCUCAAUAUCCGGAUAUUCAUAUAUUCCGAUUCGAUUCACCGUUAUUCUUCACGAAUGUUGAGAACUUCAAAGCUAAGAUCCUGAAGCAGAUGAAAAGCUGGAGUGACAGUGAUUCAGAUACUAAUGAUUCGGUCUCAUUUCUAUUUUCAUACAACCAUCAGAAAUCAAUCGCUUUUCCCGUGAUCUAUAAAAGUUUCUAG